AUGGCCACAUGGGUAGCGAGCUUCAGAGUGCCUGACGAAGUCAUCACCUACCGAGGCCCGCACUUCGAGAGUCACCUUUUCCGGGCCUUCACGAAGUUCUUAGGAACCGCCAGACUUCGAACCACUGCGUACCAUCCUGCCUGCAACGGUCUGGUCGAACGGUUUCACAGGCACCUGAAGCAAGCCUUAAUGACCCACGGCGAUCGCAAUCGCUGGAACGAGUUCCUCCCUUUCGCCCUUCUGGGAAUCCGAGCCGCCCUCAAACCCGACCUCGGCUACUCGUCGGCCGAGAUUGUCUUUGGAGCUGCCCUACGCCUGCCCGCAGACCUCUUCUCCCCAACGGAACCCUCCAGCACGACCCCUACAGAAUACGCCCGGCACCUUCAGAGGCUUUUCGCCGACUUACGGGCAACCCCGACACGAGCCGUUUCCACUUCUUCCUAUGUUUCUCCCGACUUGUCGAGUGCCACGCACAUCUUCCUCCGCACCGACUCGAUCCGCCGGUCCCUGCAACCUCCUUUUUCUGGCUCGCAUCCGGUCCUCAAGCGCGGUGACAAGACUUUCACCAUCAACUUGAACGGCCGCCCGGAGGUCGUUUCGAUCGACCGUAUUAAGUUGACAUUCGUCGAGCCGAGCUCUCCCAUUUCCUGUACCCUGCAUGAUGUCGCCGCACCGCCUUCAGCCGCACCAGCGGCUUCCAAGACCGUCACCUCGGCUGACCGUUCGCAAGCUCCUCCCUUAGGUCCUCGUCGACCUUUUCUGCCCCUCCCUAUUCGCCACCUGCCUCCCAUCCUCAAGCACCCUCGGUGA